CAUGGCUGACGAGCGGGAACAAGAAUUAAUGUGUUUGAGCGUACCCUGCAGUCAUGCAGAAACACCACAUCCAUUAUGGGGCCUCGGCAAUCACUUGUUUGUUUUCCCAGGUCGGACUGAACAGCGACAGCCAGAACAGUGGGAAACGCGUAUUGAUGAGAGUUCGGAAAUAUCUGAUGUUAGAUGGAUCACAGAUAGGCAUGGCCCCAUUACGAGAAAACUGGUAAACGAGUCACACAAUAUCUUUGUGAUGUUGCAAGGUCAGGUUGCCAGCCUUCCAGAGUCUUCACCACAGAUUCAAUUAGUAAAAGCCAGUAGACUGUAUCGUUCUGUUUUGAAGGCCUGCUGUAUAGAGCUGCAUCGUCUCGCAGAUGACACCAUGGAUGAUAUUGAUCACAACAUCUACACAGAACAGUUACAGAUGUUUGAGAUGGUUCAGCUCAUCUGGAGUCUGUGUGAAAUUCUCUUCAUCGACACUGCUCCAGAUGGAAUGGUGAUUAACCAGCUAGUGGACUGGAUUCGCUGGCACUUCACGAAGGGCAAGACUCAGGCUAUGGAGAUCAUGCGUGAUGACGACCAGCCAGACUCACAACCUGAUUACUGGGACACGGUUUAUCGUCUGUUGUUACAAGGAGAUACGGACAAUGCGAGGAAACUGCUUUCUUUACACUCACUGAGUCAGUCGGAUGCAUUCACAAGUCUUGAUGUUCUGCUCAGGAAGAUGCCACAAAGUACCCAAUAUCAGCAUGUGACAUCAACUGCAGAGUUUGAGAUGAGAUGGCGCCACUGGCGUGAUGAAUGCAGUCGACAGAUGGAAGAAGGGCUGUUUGCAGCAUACACAAACUUACAAACAGUUGUGCAGAUACUGGUGGGGGAUGAUGCUGUAUUUACGGAACUGCAGCCUCUCUGUGAGACGUGGUAUCACCUGCUGGUUUCUAAACUGUUGUAUCAGAACCCAACAAUCCGCGCCCAGGAUCUUCACUUCCAUGUUGAAAAUUGUGUUGAAAGUUUUUGUCGAGAUGGUUUCAGAAUUGGGGAACUGGACAUCAUUUUGCAGGCAGCCAUUGAGUUUGAUAUCCAUCAAGUUAUCAAAGACAGCAGUGCUUUCCUCAGUAUUGGUAGCUGGUGGUUUGUCAGUCACUUGACGGACAUUCUACAACACUGUGGACAACUUGACAGCCACGUACUGGCAUUUGGUUCGAAUUUGCGGGAGUAUUUGUUGUUGGAAUAUGCCUCUAGUCUUAUGUCACACAAAAGCUUGUGGCAGGUUGGUGUAGACUACCUGGAUUUCUGUCCUGUGUUCGGAAGGAAAUAUCUGGAACAUUUUAUUGAACAUAUGCCUGUGGAAACCGAGAAAAAGGCUCACAAACUCGUGCACAUUUGUGAAGAAAGGAAUAUGCAGGAACAAGCUCAGAGUAUCUGCAAACUGAUGGGAAUGAAGAGUUAUCGUCAUGGGCGGCUCGGAUCAGCACUCUCCUGGUUUCUCCAGUCAAAGGAUGUGGCAGCUGCAACCAGAUUGACAGAAAAAUUUUUACUCGAGUACAGUGAAAAGGGGGAGUUCUCUCACCUUGAUCUGAUUGACAACUUGGGGCCAGCGAUGUUACUUAGCAACAGACUCACCUUUCUAGGUAAAUAUCGCGAGUUUCACAAGCUGUACGAGGAUGGUGAUUUCCACGCUGCUGGUUCCCUUCUCUUGUCACUCCUCACGGCCAGACUGGCUCCAAAAGAUUUUUGGAUCAUACUUAUUCUGGAUGCCUUGCCUCUUCUCGAAACUAAACAAGUCGUAUUUAGCAGCACGCAGACAUAUGAAUUGAUGCACUGCUUAGAAGAAUUAAUGCAGGACAUGGUUAAAGAAAACAAGUCGGAGAAUAAGGCUCUGUCUGAACCGAGAAAACAAAAGCUGGAACUGCUGCGCCUUGCACUGACUCGGAACCUGUCUCGAGCCAUCAUCCACGAGGGAACGAUUGUUCCUUCUUGACAGUGUCAUGUUUUGGAAAGCAAAUAAUGUGACUAUUGCUGGCACAGAAUGUUCAUAGAGCAUUUCUAGGUAGAAGAGCACUACAAGUCAAAAGAACUUAAACCAAAGAGAAGGCAUUAACACCAGGGUGUCGACAUGCACAGUUGAUUGGGAAAUACUUAAUUUUUUUAUAAAUUAAUGUUCAUGAUUAUAUAGGACACUAAUAAAAUAUUGGUGAGAUUAUUGAUCACGGGUAACAAGUAUUUUAUAACAUACUCAUAACAAUAAUUAGUGGGGUUGGAAAACCUGAAGACAAUUUUACACAUUAUUUUGGACAUAAUAUUGAAAGGAUCUUGGACUGUUUUAGACACCACUUUGGACAGUUUUACAGUUUAUGGAAGACACAACAAGAAUAUACAUUACAAUGUUUCAGCCUUGCUACUUAAGGAAAGAUGUAGUGCAUUUCCCUCUAUAAGACUUAUGUCAAACUUGCCAAAUGUUUGACAUCUAAUAAGCCGUUGAUUAAUAAAUCAAUGUGCUCUAGUGGUGUUGUUAAACAAACCAAACCAAAUUUGGGUUUUUUUACUAUGUUUCAAGUAACACCAUUUUACAAAUUUAAAUCUUUGACUUACACUGAUUGUACACAGGUUUGUCCUUGGGAUUAUGCUUAAGCAUUCAUUAUUGAUCAUCACUGCAAGGAUUUGUGGACAACAAGUCUCCUCAUCUAGUAAGUGAUGUUAGGAUGAAACAGGUUUAGGUAACCAGGUUUAACAUAACAUUGUCAAUACAUGGUCUAACAAACUACAAGAUAUUUAUCAUGUUGUUAGGAAAUGUUUUAUAUAAAAGGACAUUUUGUUAAUAAAACUAUCAUGUUUUGCUA